AUGGAAGACAUGAAUAAGGUGUUGGAGAGGCAAAUGCGAGAAACUAGAGAAAGAAGGCAUAGACGAGCUGCAGGCAAAAGGGCGCAGAGAGAACUAGAUCAGCAAAUUGUCACAGUAGUGGCUUUGCUUGAUGAAGAAAACCAGAGCCGCCGUGGUUCACGAGAAGGCCGUGGCCCGAAUGUGGACAGACAUAGACAUUCUCGGGGUAAGAAUCUUCUGGAAGAUUAUUUUAUCCCAACUUCUCUGUACUCUGAUGUUGAUUUUCGAAGGCGACAUAGAAUGCAACCCCAUUUGUUCAAUAAAGUGGAUGAGAUUGCCCGGAUGGGGAAGUCCACUGCUUUGGAGAGCUUGGUGAAAUUUUGUGAUGCAGUUGAAACUCUGUACACCAGGGACUACCUGCGCAAGCCUACGCCCAGGAACCUGCAACGACUUCUACAAAAAUCCGAAACUCGAGGAUUUCCAGGAAUGGUUGGUAGCAUCGACUGCAUGCACUGGCAGUGGAAGAAUUGCCCAACUGCUUGGCAAGGAGAUUAUGGGAAUUGGAAAGGCCAAAAAAGUAUCAUCCUUGAAGCCGUUGCAGGUUUUGAUAAAUGGGUUUGGCAUGCUUUCUUCGGAGUUGCCGGAUCUCAAAACGACUUGAACGUCUUGGGUCAAUCCCCGGUGUUCAAUGAUGUUUUGAGAGGUGAAGCCCCAAAUAUCACCUAUCAAAUCAACAAUACAGUCUACCAAAAUGGGUAUUAUCUAUCUGACUACAUCUACCCGAGGUGGACCACAUUUGUGAAAUCAAUUCUGCAUCCCCAAUCCUAG